GUUAAUGAAGUAAAUAAAGAUUCACUUUUUUAGUUGUGUUGAUAGGAUAUUCAUCAUUCAUAACUACAACUACUCUUUCUUGUGGUAGAUGUUUGGAUGAGAUAAUUUGGCCCAAUUGAUUUAAAACGAAGCGAUUAUAUCAAAUUAUCUUGUUUGGCAACACAAAAUGGGAAUACAUCAAUUAAGUGAAAUAGUUCGAAUUGUCUCGUUUUACGUCAUUUUGAAUUGAAAGUAUUGUGAAAUGAUGUACCAAUUGUGAGGAGCAAUCUUGAGACAAUUGUGUCAUAUUAUCUACUACAUUGAUGUGCAAUUGGAUAUAUGAGUUCGCGUAGAUGAUGAAUUUAUGAAAUUAUUCAAUUUGACUCAAGAGCCUCAUAAUUACUUCAUCUUACAAUGCAUGCAUCCUUUCAAAACACUUGUCCUUCACCUGCCAAUUCAAAUUGAUAUAAAACAAGAUAACUCAAAUUAUCUCGGUAAAAUUUCACCAUUCCCUUUUUAUGGGAUCAAAUGAGCCGAUUCAAGUGCUUUAUUUUAAGACAAUGAACUCCAAUUGCUUCAUCCAAUUUGACCCAAUUACUAUCUAUGGGUUUUUAGUAAAGUCGAUUAGGUUAUUUCAUCAUUCUUCUAUUAACUAAUGGGCAUAAGUUUAUGGACUAAUCAAGAGCAUUUUUGUCAAAUAGAGGGCUCGCUUUGUCGAGUCUGAGUAUUUUAUAGCCGUUCAGAUUGUCAAGAACCAUGUGCUUAACAAAUGAACGUCAUCGGGAAUCGAACACAAGACUUCUCGGUCACAGAAGGCUCUGAUAUCAUGUCAAGAACCCGUUGGUCCCAAUAACUUGAGUUAUUGGGAGAGGUUCAAUCGUGGAUCUAUACCAUAAUACUAACACAGUAACACAGAUGACGGUCCUUGUUCCGCCGAAACGUGGACGGAUGGGAUUAUCCAUUCAUCAAAACAGCCACAUCAAAUAGUUUAUCGCCACGUUUAGUACACAACGUAAGCUCGGCCGCGUUCAAUCACUUGAGCAGAAGAGAAAUGUAAAGGAAGAAGCCGCUCUUCUGAAAGACGACUUUACUCUUUUUCCUUGUUACUUGGCUGCUACGUCGCGAAAUUGAUUCCUCCGCGCUUCCAACUUUCUUCCGCCGCGCUCCGCGAUCUCCGGUUUCUACUGCCGUGAACUCACUGUAAUCACAGGGAAGACACUUCCCGCGGCAAUCCGCCGGAGGCGCAGUGAUUCACUGGAUAAGGUAUAGACGAACAAUCGCAAGGGAAGGAUGAAGAUCGACCUCAAUAAAAUAGCUCGGAAAGUCGAGGUUGACAAUCGGAUUCCUCUCCGGUACUAUUACAGGAUCGCCGAUAACCUCCUCCGUCAGGCGAACGUCUACCGAGAUGAGCGUAAUGUGGUGGAUUUGUACAUCAUGCUUCUCAGAUUCUCGAGCUUGGUCUCUGAGACUAUUCCGUUCCAUCGAGAUUAUCACAGUUACCUUCUGAAGGAGAAAUCUAGCUACAAGAAGAGGUUGCUUUCUGUCUUAGAGGAACUUGAAUCCUUGAAACCUGAAUUCAAUCGACGAGUGGAAGAACUGAAUAGAGGUUACUCGAAUGUUCGGAUACGAGAACUCGAUGGUACGGAAGAAAAUUCGUAUAUGUCACAGUCAUCUUCACCACAGUGGCCCACAGUGAAUAGAAGUUCAUCCUCUGGAAGGGAUGUUGCACAGCCUACCAGCAUGGUUCCUCAAUCUUCAUGGAAGAACAAUGAUGCUCAAGCUCUUUACUCAAGUCCCUCGCCACUUGAAAAGCAAUUGCAUAAGUUGCCUGUUCCCAAUCAGGAAACUUUGUCUAGGCACUCGCUCUUAGGACCAAAUGGCCUUCGUGCUGAAUGGCGGCCACCUACUGCAGUGAUCAAGGUGCAGUAUCCUAGCCACGCUGACUUGGCCUCUACAGAGGAUACAAGCAUAAAUCAGGCUGGAGAAUAUGCCAGUGUGGCAGUUAAGAACAAUGAUUCUGGUGGUGUCAUGGAUUCCGUUCUUUCCUUGGACGAUGGCCGAUGGAUACACCCUGCAGAGGAACCAGGAAACACAUUAGUUCACGAGGCAAGGGAAGAUCCCUUCCAGUUUGUUGGUAUUAGGCAACCAUCCCCUCCUCCGGUUCUUGCUCAAGUGCAACAUGAAUAUGCUCAAAUCGCUCCAUCUAAAGUUGCUGACCCACGACCGGGUCCAGCACCUUCUCAAGAUGAUGGCAUGUCUGGCCCUAAUUCGUAUCAAGAUGUGCAUAUUCCUGUGAAUAUGAUGCAAGAUUUCUUAAGAUUGGCCCGGGCAAAUACAGAGAAGAAUUUAGAAACGUGUGGUGUUCUGGCUGGAGCUCUGAAAAACAGGGUGUUCCACAUCAGCACGCUUAUCAUCCCAAAGCAAGAGUCAACUUCAGAUUCGUGUCAGACGUUAAAUGAAGAAGAGAUAUUUGAAGUUCAAGACAAACUCUCGUUGUUUCCCCUUGGGUGGAUCCAUACACACCCAACGCAAACCUGCUUCAUGUCGUCUGUCGACCUGCACACACAUUACUCCUACCAGAUAAUGCUGCCGGAAGCAAUUGCCAUUGUCAUGGCUCCAACCGAUGAAUCGAGCCCACACGGAAUAUUUCAUCUAUCAGACCCAGCCGGAGUAUCUGUGAUCCGUAACUGCCAGCAAAGGGGCUUCCAUCCGCACGAGGAGCCCUUGGAUGGAAACCCCAUCUACGAGCAUUGCUCCCACGUCUACCUCAACUCCAAGAUGAAGUUCGAGGUCAUGGAUCUUCGGUAAGCCUUUUUUUCCUGAAGCCACCACCAACAUAAUCCCUAAGCUAAUGAUCAUGGUACACAUAAAUAUCUAUAUCUCAACGAGCUCUGUAAAUACAAUUGCUUUUCCCCCCUGCUACGAUUUACUUCCGCAGCUCCCUGUACAUAGCCUCUUGUAAUGUGUAUUACAUAUCGCAUCUCCGAGUCAUUCCCAACACAAGCCUAUCAUCACCAUGGGUCGCGAACCGAGUUGAUGUUUGAGUGGAAUCAAACCGCGGGUUGGAUAUAAUUCAACUCGAUCUCUAUUUUUAAAUUCCACACUUUUUUCUUCUCUCUUUGUUUUCAUUCCUAGUACAAAAGGGACUGGAGUUACGUCUGGCUGGCCGAACUGUGUUUUACCUUGGACCAGACAAAAUUGCCCUGUACCUGCUGGUCACUACACUAUUCUCUCUAAGGGUUCUCCGGCGAGGGUGGACCACGUAGCUUGAGUAGAAAGGGAAGGAAGAGGUGGCGGCCCAUUGCGCAAGUUGCCAGUGAAUGCCAUUAAAGGGCGCAAGGUACUCUUUUCCGACGGUGGAGCCUUAAAUUGCUCUCCCUUAGGCGUAGUGUGAAUGAAAACUGGAUAGUGAACAGAAUACUACUACCGCCAACCUCCCUUUCGAGAACCGCCCUACAGGGAGAAACCAUUACUGCUUUACAGCGCAAUCGUCUUAAUUUCUUUCUGGGGGCAUAUUGAAUUGAAUCUUCUCGUUGAUUCGGCAUCUCUCGGUGGCGGAAUAAAGACCUUUUUUGAUGCGGAUCCGACCGACCCAGGUUCUGCGAGUGUCGUCAUUCCUCGCUGACCCGACUUUCGGGAGAAAGUGACAAUUUUUUGUCAAAUCUCUGGAAAAGCGAGACGUUGGCAGGUAAUGUGUGCGGACGGAGGGGAGAGGUGCCGGGAUUCUGCCAGCUUGACGAAAGCCAUUACGGCAGACAGCACUCUUUGCUGUUCUCCUUCACACCCCAAGCUCCCUUGAUCAAACGUUAGCAAAAGAGGCAAUAAGAAAGGCGUUUUUUUUGUCUCCUAAUGGUGACUUGGGUGGGUAGGGUGGGAUUUUGGUGUUAAAACUCAUCCAUCAUUCGCGCACAUUUAACGAGUUGGUAUUUGAUACAGUUGCGACCCGUUUUUUCGCACGUAAAUUUUUCAGUUGGCCGCUUGAAAUGAAAAUGUUGGUCGACGAAGAAAACAAAGUCACUCUGGCCACAAAUCAUGGAAGCAAAGGAUCUUUUAUUACACAACAAAGUAAUUUAAGUAGU